CUAAAACAAAGCGUGGCGUCGCUUGGCGCUGGAAAUUUGAAGAUAACGUACUAAAAGAACGAUCGAUUUGUGCACCAAAACAAAGAGAAAAUCGACCAAGAUCAUCAAACUAGUGGCAAUAAAAUUCAGAAAACAUGAAGGCAGUUCCCCGAACGCCGAUGCGCGUCAUCCCGAAAACACCGCGGUUGCAACAAACUACGGAAAAACAACGAAGAGACACCUCCGAUAAAGGCCGAGAUCCCGUCAAUGUCUUUUGCCGUGUGCGACCUCUUCAAUCGGAUGCCGAUCUCACCUCUCUGAGGGUCAAAAACUCCACAACGAUUGCGCUGAAUCCGCAGGAUCAACUUCUGCAGCAUCACAAGCCACACAAUGGCGCUCAGCGCGAAAUCCAGUACAUCUUCAAGCACGUCUUCCAACCGGAUGCCACGCAGCAGGAUGUCUACGCUUCAGUGGCCCAGCCACUGGUUGAGAAUCUCCUAAAAGGCCGAAAUAGCCUUUUGUUCACAUACGGAGUCACUGGGAGUGGUAAGACCUACACCAUGACCGGAAAUCUGAGACACCGAGGCAUCAUGCCGCGCUGCCUGGACGUGCUCUUCCGCACUAUUUCCGACUACCAGGCCAAGAAGUUUGUUUUUAAGCCAGAUAAGCUUAAUGGAUUUGAGAUCCUUUCCGAGGAGGAUGCACUCCUUGAACGCCAGCACGAAAUGAACCAGCGAUUUGCAGGUGCUGGACGUUUUGCCUUUAGGCACAAGGAUUCCGACCCGGAGAUAGCAUCCCAGGCCUCUGUGGAACCCACGCCACUCUUAGGCUUAGAUGAGGACAACAUGUACUCUGUCUUUGUCACCUACAUAGAGAUUUAUAACAACAGCGUUUAUGAUCUUCUAGAGGAUUCGGGUAUACAGAAGACUUUGCAGAGCAAAAUCAUUCGUGAGGAUGCCAAUCGUCACAUGUUCGUCCAUGGCGUGACCGAAGUGGAAGUCAAGACAGUGGAGGAGGCCCUCGAAGUCUUUCAAAUGGGCCAGAAACGCAAGCGCAUGGGGCACACCGUCUUGAAUGCUGAAUCCAGUCGCAGCCACUCUGUUUUCAACAUACGAUUGGUACAGGCUCCCACUGAUAGUCAAGGUGAGAAUGUGGUUCAGGACAGGCACAAUAUAACGGUCAGCCAGCUGUCCCUGGUGGAUUUGGCGGGCAGUGAGCGCUCCUCGCGGACCAAGAACACUGGAGUACGUCUCCGUGAGGCGGGAAAUAUUAACAACUCGCUGAUGACACUGCGUACUUGCCUGGAAUAUCUGCGCGAGAAUCAGUUGGCUGCGGGAAACGGUUUGGCGCCCAAGAAGGUUCCCUAUCGCGACUCCAAGAUCACACACAUGUUCAAAAACUACUUCGAUGGCGAGGGGCAGGUGUCCAUGAUUGUGUGCAUCAACCCGAGGAUUGAAGACUAUGACGAGAAUAUGCAAGUGAUGAAGUUCGCAGAGAUGACCCAAGAGGUGCAAAUAGCGCGUGCCACACCCAUGAAGCAAGAUUUGGGCUUGACUCCUGGCCGUCGCAAGGCGAACAAGCUAUUUAAGAUUGCAGUUAACAAUCUGAAUGAGUUGGGCAUUCCCGAGGCCAAGGAUUUGGAGGUCGACGUGGGAUUGGUGUACAGUUUGGGUCCCGAUUUUCCCACCUAUCAAAUGGAUAGUCCCGAAGCGGAAAUUAAGAUCCGCGAGUUGAUGCACUAUUUGGAACAGCGGAUUGAAAAGCGCAAAAAACUGCGGGCGAAUUUGGACGUUAAGUGUGACAGUUUCCGGCAGAUGCUGAUGAACCUUGACCGGGAUAAUCUGCAGCUAAGAACAGAACUUGCCUCCCUAAAGGCUGUCUAUAAGCAGGAGCGCGAUCGUAGCGCUGCUCUUGAGAAAAAGGUUCGCAUACACGAAAGCUCCAUUGACGUGCUGAACAAUACGCUCAGCAAGCGGGAACGGCAAAUUGAGGAACUGACCUUUAAGCUCAACGAGAAGGAAAACAUGCUUACCCAGAAGGAGCACGAAAAGGAGAAGCAGAAAAAGAAGUUCAGCUCCAAACUGGCUGUCGAAUCGGACAAAAACAAACGCGAAUUGGAGCUGAAGUUACGAGAGCAGCGAGCUAAGUUACAAGAACGUAUGCGCAUCAAGGACGAGAAGCUGCGCCUGGUAUCGAAUAUAUUGCAAUCAGAGGAUCUGCCCAGUUUGCCACGUUCCCAGAGCUCCGAGGAUAUACUGAACGAAAAGGAUCGUGGGGCAUUUACAGUGCGCACGGAGUCAUCUGUGCCGGCUACACGUACAGAUAUUUAUGCCACUCCGCGACAUGGAGCAGCAGCAGCCAACAACCGACACAGACGCUCUCGUUCUGCUGGAGACAAGUGGUUAGAGCACCGCGCCGCCAAUCCUGUGCCUCUCGGCACUAUCAUGCAGCCAUAUCUCAAGAACCGCAAAUCGGUGACAAAACUAACUGACAUGAAGGAGUUGACUGCCCACGGAGCAACCAAGUACUGCCUUGUCUCACAGGACGCGGACACGGAUGGCGAUGUGGAGACCAAGCUGUACAAGGGCAACGUCAUCCCUACAUGCGGAGGCGGUGCCCAAGUGGUGUUCAACGACGUGGAGUGCCUCAAGCAGAAGUCGCCCGUCCACUCGCCCACACGAAAGCGGCCCAGCAAUGGCACCAUUUCAGCUCUGGGAGGCGGUGCCGUGCCCAGCACGGUCACUUCGGCCCAAGACGUGGCCUCACGCUGCAAUCUCGGUAUUGAAGGACACAGCAGCAAGAAGUCAAAGAUCUAAAGUGGAAAUCUAUACAGAUCGUUGAAUUCUUAAAGUCGUUUACUCAUUUAGUUUUUAAUCGUUUAGUUUCACUAACUUAAAUUUAAGUUUAUUAUUUUUCCAUUAUAGCUUUGAAGUUGAAUCGCAUCGAUGUGAUUUGUUUGAUUAAAGCUAAGUUAAUCUGUAUAAAUAAUCCCGUAAAUGAAUUCGUAGCUCCUCGCACAUGGAAAUGUUUCCUUGCUUGAAAUCUGUUGGUAACCGGAAGAUAUCAGCAAUGAGCCGUCAUUGGAAACUUUCCAAGCAUUGUCCAUUAUCAGAUAACAAUUAGAUUUACCUUAAAGUAUUGAAUAUUUUAUUGUUUUUGGAGUAAUCUUCACUCAAGUCCAGUUAUGAAAUGAACUAAUAAAUUGAAAUUACGCACCUUUA